CUUUUUGUCUUUCUUCUCCUUCUCGUCUAGAUCCUUUUUUUGGUCAUGUUGCGAUACGCUUCUCGAAUACACACUGUUCGUCAUGUUGUGACUACUUCAGUGAAACGUCAAAUAGCUAGUCGUCCUUCUGUUUACAAGACUGUAUCUCUUACUUCUGUCAAUGCCACUCGACUUUAUGCAACCACCAAUACCAAAACCGUUCCUCUUACUGUUGAAAGGUAUCCUGGCUUUACUCGUAACGAACAAUUCAAAAAGUUAACGGAUAAAGAUAUCGAACACUUCAAAACCAUUGUAGGUGAUAAUGGACUUAUUUACAACAACGAAGAUGACUUGGUAGCUUUCAAUACUGAUUGGAUGAAUAAGUAUCGAGGUCAAUCUCAAUUGGUCCUGAAGCCCAAAACAACGCAACAAGUGGCUGAUAUUCUCAAGUAUUGUAACGAACAAAGUAUUGCUGUUGUUCCUCAAGGUGGUAAUACUGGUCUUGUUGGUGGCUCUAUUCCCAUCUUUGAUGAAGUCGUAUUGAGUUUACAAUCGAUGAAUAAUAUUCGAUCCUUUGAUGAUGUAUCUGGUAUCCUUACUGCAGAUGCUGGAUGUAUCUUGGAAGGUCUGGACAACUGGUUGGGUGAAAAAGGCUAUAUGAUGCCAUUGGAUUUGGGUGCUAAAGGAAGUUGUCAUAUUGGUGGCAACUUGGCAACAAACGCUGGGGGUCUUCGUCUACUUCGUUAUGGAUCUCUUCAUGGCACUGUUCUUGGAUUGGAAGUGGUUUUACCAGACGGAUCUAUUCUUGACAGCAUGUCAACGUUGCGCAAGGACAAUACCGGUUACGAUCUCAAGCAACUUUUCAUUGGAUCUGAAGGGACUAUUGGUGUGAUCACUGGUGUUUCCAUCUUGACUCCCCGUCGUCCCAAGGCUGUCAAUGUUGCUCUGUUAGGUCUCAACUCUUAUGAGGAUGUGCAAAAAGCAUUUAAACAAUCAAGAUCAGAAUUAUCAGAAAUUUUGUCAGCUUUCGAAUAUUGGGAUAACAACGCUCUUCAAAUCUAUAAGAGGCAUUCUGAUGCUAAACCCGUGAUGGAAAACGAAUACCCAUUCUACGUCUUGAUUGAAACUAGUGGAUCUAAUAAGGAACAUGACGAUGAAAAAUUGACCAACUAUUUGGAAACCAUGAUGGAAGAAGAAGUAGCACAAGAUGGUGUGGUUGCUCAAGAUGAAACACAAAUCAAAAAUAUUUGGAGUGUACGUGAAGGAUUUACCGAAGCAUUGGGCAAGGAAGCGGCUGUGUACAAGUAUGAUAUUUCAAUGCCUGUUCCCAAGAUCAAUGAAUGUGUAGAAGACAUGCGACAACAUCUUAAGGAUGGUGGUGUACUUGGACAACCUGAUUCUCCUAUCAUCGAUGUGGUUGGUUACGGUCAUGUUGGUGAUGGUAAUCUUCAUUUGAACAUUGCUGCCAAUCGUAUAGAUAAACGUGUACCUGAAUUGAUUGAACCUUAUUUAUUCGAAUGGGUUGCCAAACAAAAUGGUUCCAUCAGUGCUGAACAUGGUCUUGGUGUUGCAAAGAAUCAAUUCCUUUCUUAUUCAAAAUCAGAUGGUAUGAUCAAGAUGAUGAAAACAAUGAAGAAUUUGUUGGAUCCCAAAGGUAUUUUGAAUCCUUACAAGUAUUUGCCCAGUCAAUAAUAGAUGAUAUUUCCUUUUAUUGGAUGGAUGUCGC